UGGACGCUAUGUUUUUUUUUGGACGCUUAGCAUAGCAUAGCAUAGCGUAGCAUAACAUGUAUUAGCUACAGAGUGGAAAGCGAAGUUUGUCUUUUGUUUUUUUUCUUUCAGUUAGUCUAAUUUCAUGUAGACAUUCGACGCGAGCUACAUUGUGAGUAGGCUUUUGGAAGAUCCCGCCCCCUUGUAUAGGAUUGGCUCACACUAUUCCGCUCUUCUUGUUACGAUUGGCUGAUGGUUUUACUGUCACUCACGAGCUGAGCGCUGAUUGGACAGAAUCCCUGUGCUGGAGGAUUUGUCGGAAAACGAGGGGGGAAAGAAAAAUAACGCCAGCUCCUGGAUUUUAAAAGACAGUCGCUGUAAUCGCUUCAGCUUGCAGGAGGUAAAGCUGGCAGACAUGGACGAGCAGAGCGUCGAGAGUAUAGCGGAGGUGUUUCGCUGCUUCAUUUGUAUGGAGAAGCUGCGAGAUGCUCGUCUCUGCCCCCACUGCUCCAAACUCUGCUGCUUCAGCUGUAUACGGCGCUGGCUGACGGAGCAGAGGGCACAGUGUCCACACUGCCGGGCUCCGUUACAGCUGCGGGAGCUGGUGAACUGUCGCUGGGCCGAGGAGGUCACGCAGCAGCUGGACACACUGCAGCUCUGUAAUCUCUCCAAACACGAAGAGAACGACAAAGACAAAUGUGAAAACCACCAUGAGAAGCUGAGUGUGUUCUGCUGGACCUGUAAGAAAUGCAUCUGUCAUCAGUGUGCACUGUGGGGAGGCAUGCAUGGUGGACACACGUUUAAGCCGCUGGCUGAGAUUUACGAGCAGCACGUCAACAAGGUCAACGAGGAGGUGGCCAAACUCCGACGCCGGCUCAUGGAGCUCAUCAGCCUCGUCCAGGAAGUGGAGAAGAACGUGGAGGCGGUGCGAGGCGCGAAGGACGAACGAGUGCGCGAGAUCAGGAACGCCGUGGAGAUGAUGAUUGCUCGGCUGGACAAUCAGCUCAAGAACAAACUCAUCACACUCAUGGGCCAGAAGACGUCCCUCACACAGGAGACGGAGCUGCUCGAGUCUCUGCUGCAGGAAGUGGAGCAUCAGCUGCGCUCGUGCAGUAAGAGUGAGCUGAUCCUGAAGAGCCCCGAGAUCCUGCUUAUGUUCCAGCAGGUCCACAGGAAGCCCAUGCAGUCCUUCGUCACCACACCUGUACCACCUGACUUCACCAGUGAGCUGGUUCCUGCUUACGACUCAAGCACUUUUGUUCUGGCAAACUUCAGUACACUGAGACAGAGAGCAGACCCCGUGUACAGCCCCCCUCUCCAGGUGUCGGGACUGUGCUGGAGGCUGAAGGUUUACCCUGAUGGGAACGGCGUCGUUCGGGGAAAUUACCUCUCCGUUUUCCUGGAGCUGUCGGCCGGCCUGCCCGAGACCUCCAAGUACGAGUACCGGGUGGAGAUGGUGCACCAGGCUUCCAACGACCCGACCAAGAACAUCAUCCGAGAGUUCGCGUCCGACUUCGAGGUGGGCGAGUGCUGGGGCUACAACCGCUUCUUCAGACUGGACCUGCUCGCUAGCGAGGGUUACCUCAACAUGCAGACCGACACGCUCAUCCUGAGGUAUCAGGUGCGAUCGCCCACCUUCUUCCAGAAGUGCCGGGAUCAGUACUGGUACAUCAGCCAGCUGGAGGCGGCGCAGUCCAGCUACAUCCAACAGAUCAACAACCUGAAGGAGAGGCUGGCCAUUGAGCUUUUCCGGCGGCAGAAAUCUCGGAGCUCGUCCCCGCCGGAUCACCGGAUGUGCCAGCCCACGUCCACCACCAGCGCCGCCGCCCCGCCGGGCCGAGACUCCCGCCCCGGGAAGAGCGCUGCGGCGGAGGACGGGUCGCUGGUGAACGGAGACCAGGCGAAAGAGGAGGAAGAGGAGGAGGAAGAGGAAAAGACACGGCACGAAGACUCUAACGAGCUGUCUGACGGUGACCUGGAGGUGGACUGUCUGACCGGAGACGAGGACGUGAACCCUCUGGACGGCAGCAGCACGUCCGGCAGCUCCACGGCCACCAGCAACACGGAGGAGAACGACAUCGACGAGGAGAACAUGUCUGGAGAGAACGACGUGGAGUACAGCGGAAACCUGGACCUGGAGGAAGGAGAAAUUCCUGAUGAUGUGAUAGGAGCCACAGGAGGCUCCAGCGCAGGAAUCCGGGGUUCGAGGAGGAGCGCAGCAGGAGCCACGGCCAGUCUGCUGGAGAUCGACCCGGUCAUCCUGAUCCAGCUACUGGACCUGAAAGAGCACAGCCAUGUGGAGUCUCUGUGGGGAAUCCAGCCCCGGCCGCCCGCCUCGCUGAUCCCUAGCCAAGCGACCUUGGUUUCGGCCCGUAAAGAGCGAGAGCGUCGUUCUCAGGCUGUGCGCCGCUCUGCCCCGGACUCGGCCGUUCUGACUCGGCUCAAGGCCCAGAUGGCGGAGGUUCGCAGUAAGAUGGCGGAUGUGAAGGGGCAGCUGGAGGCCCGCGCCGGCGUCUCUGAUGCUCGCGUCACUCCUCUGUGCUCGGUUCUGGAUCACAACGCCUCGACCGACCCGGAAACAGCAGCAAGACGCAAACCGCGAGAACUCGAUCUGCUGUUUAAAGCUCCCGGGACGAGCAGACACGGCCGCCAUGGUGGCAAGAAAGCUGUCUCCCCCAAGCAGGAAGUGGGAGGAGCGGUGGGCGGAGUCUCUCUGCGCCGUAGUGGUGAGGCGGGUGAGAAAGAGUUGAGAGGAGCAGUAGGAGACGCUCUCGAACCCUCACUGUGCCCUAGAGAGGGACCCUCCACUGCAGAGAGUUCAGCGAAAGCUCUGAGUGCGCACACUUCCCCUCCGUCUGUCCCGGGUUCCUCCGAGAACCGCCCCAAACUGGACGAGUCUCUGUACGGAGCCGCUGGGAGCGACGCUUUCUCCCUGCCUGUUCUGAGCACAGCGCCCUCCGCAGGCAGCAAACAGCGCAGGUCCACCUGCAGCACUGCUGCACUGCUGACUGACACAUCACUAGAUUUCGAGCAUGACUGCUCCGGAGACAUCCACCAAUCACUGCUGAGUCUCUCAGAGCCGCCAUCUUCCUCCACACGCCCUGAAGAAGGGUUGCUGUGUCAGAAGCCGUCUGCACACCUGUUGCCAGGUAUGAGCAGUGACAGUGAGGUGGAGUGUGAUACUGAGAACGAGAAUGAGGACGACGCUGGAGUUCUGGAGGAUGGAGAGGUUCUCCCAAUGCCCUGCUCAGAAGAGCAGCUGAUGCCAGAUGAUCUGAGCUUUGUGACCGGGGAGACCACUGAGAGGUGAUCAGCAGACUUCCAGACCUCAUGAGAGAGUGUGUGUGUGUGUGUUAUGUGUAAAGUUACAGAGCCUCAUUUACAUGAGGAUACAGUAUUUAGAAAUGGAAAGCUUAUAUACUACAGAGCUGUGCAUUCCGUUACGUGACCAAGGGUGUACAUAUGUGUGUGUGUGUGUGUGUGUGUGUGUGUGUGUGUGUGUGUUUCCUGGAUGGAGAUGUUUGACUUGAGGAACAAAGGUCAAUAUGUGUAUUUAAUUAAGGACUGAUUUAAUACUGACUCUAAACCACUGUGUGUGUUUUUUUUUUUUUUGCAUUUCUGUUCUUUAACACAUUUAAAAGAACUGAAGUUUAUCAGACUGCUUUUUUUUGCAUUAAGUAAAUAGACGCUUGAUAAACUCUUAAAGGAGCAUUUUGGCCAAAAAUUAAAUGUACACACUGUCCCCUUUUAAUUCCAAAUCUAGUCUCCACCUACCAGACUUUAGGCCACGCCCCCUCCCUGAGUCUGUGAAAGUGAUUCAGCUUCAAGAUCUGGCAUCGACUGUUUCUCUCUCUCUCUCUCUCUCUCUCUCUCUCUCUCUCUCUCUCUGUGACUCUGUCCUCUUGUCCAUGUUUAUAGAUAACCGUGUGUCAAACAGCGGACGUUUAAUCUGUAAUUAAUUAAUAGACGUCUUAAACAUUUAAUCUUAGGCCGAAUUGUUCCUGAGUGAAUUUAAGGUCUGAGGAUUUUGGCACAAUCAAAAAGUGAAAGCUGCUGCUGCUCUUCUUCUUCUUCCUGUAUUUAUAUUUGUGUUUAUUUUCCAGUUAGAUGAUUUUUAAUGCCAUUUGGAUUCUAAGUUUGUGAACACUACUCCUUGUGAUGUUUUGCAGCGUUCUGAUUUACUCUAUAGCAUGCUCUUUUAUUUCCUCAGUGGGAGAUGGGGAGUGUUUCUUGGUGUUUCUCCUCCAGCAGGGGGCGCUUUCCCGAGAGAGCAUGUUACACACAGGCGCAUGCUGAUGCUAUCACCCUGUUAUCGUUCUACACCAUGUUUAUGACAUUAAAUAACCCUCACCUGCGUCUCAUCCGAGAUUCACCUUCAUCACUUGGAGGCAGGAGUUUAUCUGACUCUCUGCACCGCUUCUUUAAGAAGGUGCUUAUCUUUAAAAAAUAAAUUUAAAAAAAAUUCACGAUAACAGUAUUAGGUGUAAAAUAUCACGGUGUAUCGUGUUACUGAUUAUCAGCACGUACCUGGUUCCACAUUUCACACUCCCACAUUCAGUUCAUUUUUUAUUUUAGUUUUUUUUAUUAUUUGUCUGUACUGUUUUCUUUCCAAUGUCAUAAUAAACGUUUUAUUUAAAAGGUCGUAUCGUGUGUGUGUGUGUGUGUGUGUGUGUGUGUGUGUGUGUGCACGUGUAUUUCCUCUUAAGGCUUUAAUGUCUGUAAUUUUUUCACUCUAAUCUUUCCGUUUACUCCAAACUCACUCCGACUUGAAAUAAUCAAAGGGUGCUAAUAAAUGUUUAUGUGAAAUGAA